CAGUUCUGAGCGCACCGUCCCCGGAGGAGGAGAGAAGGUGUUCUGUUGUGAUCCUGGAGCUGGCAACCCGACUCGAGCAACACUUCGGCAGGAAAAAGGAUCCCCUGAGGAGCGCGAGGGCGAGAGGGAGGAAGUGAACACCGGCGGGAGGGAGAGCCCUCUCCCUACACAAAUGAGGUAGCCGCCUGCGAUCCAGCCAUGGCUACGGAGAGGACCCCGCUGCGCACGGGCGGCCCGACGGCCGGCCCCGGCGCCUACGACCAGGCGCCCACCUACGUCUUUAUGAGCAACCCCGGCCGGGCGCACCGCAACAAGAUACGCCAGUUCCAGUGCUGCGUCUGCGCCGCCAUCCUGGGCGUGUUCGUGAUGGCGCUCAUCAUCACCGUCUCGUACUCCGUGGAGCACGACGACCAGGACAGCGACAACACGACGACGCCGCCGGUGAUGCCUCCCGUCAACGGCAGCCUCAAGCUGCUGCUCAGCAGCUCGUGGCCCAAGCCAGACGCGGCCUCGCCGUCGUGGCCCGGACCCGAGCCUGACGCCGCGGCGCUGAAGCAGGCCAUGCAGUCGGCGCACGACGAGCUUGGGGCGCGCGCCGCCCUGGAGGCCAAGAUGACACCGAUGAAGCUCGACACGCCCUCGUACCGGGCCAACCAGGCCGUGCACACCCGGAAGGAGGCCACCGUCCUGGCGCAGCGCGCGCUGCUCGAGGAGAAGGCCACCAAAAAGCUCCUGCACGAGUCCGGCAAGAAGCUCUCCUGGCGCUCGGGCGCGGGGCGCGGGCCCCGGCUGCACGCCGCUGCGGCGCAGGGCCCCGAGGAGGCCGCGUGCGCCGAGGACGAGAUGGCCAUGCCGUGCCCCUCCACGCCGUACCGCAGCGCGGACGGAACGUGCAACAACGUCAAGCACCCGCGCACGUGGGGAGUGGCCAUGCGGCCGUUCCGCCGCGCCAUGCCGCCCGCCUACCUGGACGGCGUGUCGCAGCCCCGCGGGGUGGCGCAGGGCCUGCCCUCGGCCCGGGAGGUGUCGCUCGGCGUGCACCGACCCCUGUACCGCAACGACCCCGACUUCACCGUCAUGCUCGCCGUCUGGGGCCAGUUCCUGGACCACGACAUCACGGCCACGGCGCUCUCUCAGGCGGCCGACGGCAGCGCUAUCUCGUGCUGCGACCUGCCCCCCGAGGAGCAGCACCCCGAGUGCUUCCCCGUGCGCCUGGCCGCCGGCGACCCCUACUACCACAAGUACAACGUGACGUGCAUGGAGUUCGUGCGCUCCGCGCCGGCGCCCACCUGCAGCCUGGGCCAGCGGGAGCAGCUCAACCAGGCGUCCUCCUUCAUCGACGCCUCGGUGGUGUACGGCCCGUCCUCCGAGCUCAUGCGCUCGCUCCGCAAGGAGGCCUCCCCCGCGGCCGCCGCCGUGUCCGCCGACGGCGAGGACGGAGGCGACGCGGCCCGGCCCGCCCUCGGCCGCCUUCGCAUGUCCAUGAGCCCCGACGGCAGGGAGCUGCUGCCCGUCAGCGAGGACCCCACGGACGGCUGCAACCGCCAGGAGAUGAACGACCGCGGCAGAUACUGCUUCAAGUCCGGUGACGGUCGUGCCAACGAGAACCUGCACCUGACAACGAUGCACCUGCUGCUGGCGCGUCAGCACAACCGCGUGGCCGCGACCCUGCAGCGGCUCAACCCGGACUGGAACGACGAGCGCGUGUUCCAGGAGUCGAGGCGCAUCGUGGCGGCGCAGAUGCAGCACAUCACCUACAAGGAGUUCCUCCCCGUCAUCCUCGGGCCGCACGUCAUGUCCCAGCUGGACCUCAACCCCAAGGAGGCGGGCUACGACACGUCGUACGACCCGGACGUGGAGCCCACCGUGUGCAACUCGUUCGCCGCCUCGUCCUUCCGCUUCGCGCACACCCUGCUCCCCGGGCUGCUCAAGCUCAUCGGCAACGACACGUCCAGCCCCGAGUACAUGGAGCUGCACCAGAUGCUCUUCGACCCCUACAGCCUGUACUCUCGCGAGGGCGUGGACCGCGCGCUCCGCGGCGCCAUGGACACGAGCAUCGAGCGCGCCGACAGCUACUUCAACCCAGAGGUGACACAGAAGCUGUUCGCGCCCCGCUCCAUUGGGCGCGGCUCCUCCGGCGUGCCGGCCUGCGGCCUCGACCUGGUCUCGCUCAACGUGCAGCGCGGCCGAGACCACGGCCUGCAGCCCUACCCGGCCUGGAGGGAGCACUGCGGCUUCACUCGCCCGGCCUCCUGGGAUGACCUGGACGGCGUCGUGGACAGCGAGUCGCUUCAGCGGAUGAAGGCGAUCUACAAGUCCCUGGACGACGUGGACGUGUACACGGGCGCGCUGUCCGAGUACCCCGUGGAGGGCGGGCUGCUGGGCGGCACCCUCACCUGCCUGCUGGCCGACCAGUUCGUGCGCCUCAAGCGCGGAGACCGCUACUGGUACGAGACGAACCAGCAGCCGCAGGCCUUCACGCCAGCCCAACUGGCUGAGAUCCGCAAAACUUCCCUGGCCAGCGUGAUCUGCGCCACCUCGGACGGCGUGCACUCGGCGCAACCCGAGGUGAUGCGUCGCGCCAACGGCACCCAGGGCGGCACCAAGUCCAACAAACGCGUGGCCUGCGCACAGCUGCCCCGCACCAACCUGCGCGCUUGGAUCGAGCGCGACGCGCGCUACGUCUACCACCGCGCCGACGCGCUCCGGGCGUCGGACCGCGAGCCCCAGGACCACGACGACGUCCCCGACAGCCUGGUGCUUGUCGGCGCCUCGGCCAACGACGCCGGUCUCAACCCGACUACGGCCCGCGCCGUGCGAGUCGGUGGGCGCGUGACGGGGGGCUCCGUCACCACGUCAUCGGGUGCCUCCCUGUGGUCGGGCGCCGUCCCGACGGCCAUCCCCAUCCCGGUGCUGAGCUCGGGCGCCUUCCUGUCGGGCGGCGUCCAGUGGGACGGCUCACUCGUGCUCUCGGGCGCCACGGCCUCCAUCAAGGGCACCUUCGCCGUCAACACGUUCGCCGCUGGAGCUGGGGCGCCGCCUCAGCCCAGCGGGAAGACGGAGGGUCGCUUCGACGUGACCCUGGACGUGCUGUGGGACUCGUCGGUCGACGGCGUCAUCGACGUGUCCGGCACGUUCCGCAGCCCCGUCUACCUGCGAAGCAAGGACGGCAAGAGCGGCGCCCCGUUAGUCAGCGCCAAGGGCGGCAGCGGUCCGCUGGCGCCCGUCAUCCUGCACGGCGCGCACGACAACAACGGCACCACCUUCCUGUGGAACGGCAACGUGACGCUGGUGCUUCCCACAAUGGCCCAGGACGACAUGGCGGUCGAGGAAGUGCCGCCGCAGAUGCUGCAGGCCUCUUACAGCGGGGUCGCUGCGCCCUCCGCCAACGUCCGCGUCGUCGCCGAGGUCCUGUCCGGUAGCGUGACCGCACAGCGCGCGGACGGCGCCCAGGUCACGUGGUGGGACGGCGCCCUUCCUGUGAACAUCCCGACGUCCCCGCUUGACGGCCGUGAUGACGGAAACUCUGCGUCGGUACCGGCCGACCUGGCGAAGCCGACAGCGCGUGUCGACGGCGUGCUGUGGACGGCCAAGGUGGCAGCCUCAUCCCCCACCACGGCCCAAGUGUCCGGCACCUUCAAGGUCCCCCGCUUCGUGCACGGCAACUAUUCCGGGGCCGGCGUACUAGUGGAGUGGUGGUCCGGGAACUUUGCUCUCAACGUCCGUCUUCUGGGGCGCGUCGACGACGAGGUGGACGGUGGUCUGGAGAACCUGCUCGUGCCCGGCCAGAGCUAUACCUCGCGCCUCGUGUUCCAGUCCGAAAAGGCGACCCCCGGCACGCCGUCGGCCAUGCCAAACGCACCCCUCACCCUGAUGGCCGCCGCACAGGAGGUGGUCGAUGGCGCCCUGCCAGUGCCCCUCAUCCUCAAGGGUGCCUUCUCCGCGGACGGCAGCUCAUUCUCGUGGUCAGGACAAGCCGUGCUCGUCAUCCCUCGGCCCGCCGCCGAGAAGCCCGCCGUGCAGCUGCUGGGGCAGGCCCCCAAGAAGGCCGUGUACGCCGUGCCGCUCCGGGCCCAGCCCGAAGUGCGCAUCGUCACCGUUGCCAAGUCCGGCAGCGUGACUGGGGCACGCGACGACGGUUCAAGUGAGACCACCCUUUGGUCCGGAGCUCUCCCCACCGCCAUCCCCUUGCCGCUGUUCGACUCCAAGUCGAUGGCUGCUCCGUCAGCCUCCGUCGUCGACAACGACGGGUCCCCACUCUACGCGCAUGGUAUCGUUUGGCAAGGUUCUAUCGUUGUGUCCGGGAUGACGGCCACCCUAAAGGGCACCUUCACUGCACCCCGGUACCUCCACGCCCCGCAAGCUGGCAAUGCGACAGGCUUUGCCAUUGAGUGGUGGAAGGGCAGCUUCUCCCUCGACCUGGAGUCCCAGUGGGCGUCAGCGGCCCUCGACGGCGCCGUCGACCCCUCGGCGACCUACUCCUCCCCUGUGUUCCUCAAGGGCAUGACCAAGGCUAGUGCGGACGACAGCGCUCCCAUGGGGAGCUCGUCGGCCCAGCAGAGCACGCCGCUCGCCGCCUUCGUGGCCGCCAGCAUGGAGCAGAGCGAGGGUGCGCUUCGGGCGCCGCUCAUCCUGCAGGGCUCGUACUCCGCGGACGGCUCCACGUUCCUCUGGUCCGGCGGCCUGGUGCUCGCCCUACCCCGGCCCGCGCCUGUCCUCACGCUGCAGGCCGCCCCCGGGGCGCAGCCCAAAACCGCCAAGCUUGCCCCCUCGGCGGCCGCAAAGCCGAUGCCAGUCCGACGGAUCGGAAUUCGGGUCACGACGGGUAACAUGUACGCGUACCCUGAGGGUGCCUGGUUCUGGCGCACCUGGUGGUCCGGCUCGCUGCCCGCCGCCGUGCCCGUGCCGCUGUUCGACUCGUACAAGUCCGAGUACGCGCCCUACCCCACCGGGCCGCUGUACCACGCGUGCGGCGUGGACUGGACCGGCUCCAUCACAGCCACCUCGCCCACGCACGUCAAGAUCGAGGGCAAGUUCAGCAUGCCGCAGUACCGGCACGGCCCGGGUGGCGUGGACAUCACGUGGUACUACGGCACGUUCCUGUUCGAGGGCGACCUCCUCUGGAACACGUCGCUGGACGGGCUCGACGGCCUGAACGGCGCCUCCUUCUCCUCCCACCUGUACUUCAAGUCGCAGAAGCCGCUGCCCAUCUCCAAGUACCCCGUGCGCAGCGGUGCGCCGUCCCAGGCCGCCGCAGUGCAGCAGUUCGUGUCCGACAGCGUGCAGGCGAUGGACGGCGCCAUGCGCGUCCCCAUCGUCCUCGACGGCGACUACUCCGAAGAUCGCAACACCUUCUACUGGUCUGGGGACGCCGUGAUCACGGUGCCAGAGCCCGUCCGGCCUCCACUCAUGCUGCAGGGCAAGAAGCCCGCCAAGACCGUGGAGAAAGACGACGGCACACCCAGCAGCAAGCCAUCCAAGCCGGCCAAGCCGGCCAAGCCAGCCAAGCCCGUCAAGCCGCCCAAGCUGCGCAUCGCCGCGAUGGUCACGGGCGGCUCAGUGAACGCAUCCUACGACAACUCGUCCGUCGUCGAGCUGUGGUCAGGUGCGGUGCCCAUGUGGUUACCCAACCCGCUGUUCGGCCUGUCGUCCUGGGACCUGGACCCGACCAUCAAGUGGUCUGGGAAGCUCACGGUGCUCGACUCGACGGGGAAGCUGCUGCGUCUCGACGGCACGUUCACGUCGCCGUUCUUGGAGCAGGUCGGCGACGAGGUGGUGCGGCACGAGUGGAAGGGCACCUACUCCGUGGAGCUGCGGAACCUGUACAGCGCCGUCACGCAGCCCGACCUACUCAAGCCCAGCAACGUGUACUCCUCGCGCGUCGUGUUCGCGCCGGCCAAGACGCUGGCCGGCGGGCAGGUGUCCCCGCCGCAGCUCGUCCUCAUGGAUGACGGCGGCGACGGCGGCAGUGGCGGCGGCGGCAGUGGCGGCGGCGACAAGUUGGCCGUGAUCGUGCUGCAGGGCCAGUACUGGUUCUGGGGCAAGAGCUGGUGGUGGUGGAACGGCAUGGCGUCGAUGGGCGUGCCGCUAGACGACGACAACACGGUGGACCCCAAUGCCUACGUCAAGCCGGACUACAGCGCCAAGAAACUCAUGUCAUCAGGAACAAAGACAGCGUCCAUGAUGGGGACGACCUCGGUUGCCGUUGCCGUGGUGGAAGGGAAGGUAGCGGCUCAGCGUGAAGACGACGCCGGGUCAGCCGCGACCUGGUGGAGCGGACAGCUCCCUGUCGACAUCCCCGCCUCACCCUUCGAUGGCGUGUCCACCAACGACACUGUGCCGUUCAACCGCUCCGCGGUGGCUCCCGGGGGCUUUGCACGCGGCGUGACCUGGACCGGGUCACUACGACCGCUGACCGACGCCGGCGACAACGGCGACGCCAUGCUGGAGGGCAGCUUCCGCUUCCCGAAGUUCCUCCACCCCUCGGCGGCUGGAGCUGGCAGCUUCGCCAUCGAGUGGUGGACGGGCCAGUUCUCGCUUCGCCUGCGCCCGCUGGCCGGCUCUUCGCUGGCGGGUGUCCUGAUGGAGACGGCCACGUACUCCUCCCCUCUCGUGUUCAAGGCCAUGGCCGCUAACGACAGCAUCACGUCCCUGCUCAAGCAGGGCGGUGACCAGAACGCGGACGUUGGCUUUGUCUUAGCAAGCGACGCGGCGUCUCAGGGUGCGAACAAACUGACUGUCCUGAUGCAGGGCAUGUUCUCACCGGACAAGUCCAUGUUCUCCUGGACGGGUAACGCCGUCCUGGUGCUGCCGGCCAGUACUCCCGCGAAGAAAAUGCGGCCCCUUAAACUGACCGCCACCGCUUCGAAGAAGGCGUCCGCCCCGAAGAAGGCCUCCGGAUCGGCAGUGGGUACGAAGAUCGGUGCUACGGUCACGUCUGGGACAGUGUCCGCCGGCAAGGCGGGCGAGGCAUCCAGCCCGUUGUGGGCGGGGAUACUCCCCGUGGUCAUGCCCGCCACCCGCCCGACCAACAUCCUGUGGUCAGGGACUCUCAGCUCGUCGUCAGCCACCACGGCCAGCCUUACCGGCACCUUCACCACCGCCAUGCCCGAGGACUCCGACAACGGCACCGCGUUGGUCUGGUGGAGCGGAGACUUCUCCCUCGAGCUCCAACUGCUGUGGAACGCGUCUCUGGCCGGGUGCAUCCGGCCGGGAGUCAAGUACGCCACACCUUUGUACUACCGCUCCGAGAAGUUGGCGCUGAAGCAGUCGCAGCAGGUGGCCUCACUCGGCCAGGAGAUGGCGAGCGGCGGAGAGCAGGUGCAGGCCUUCCUGGACGGCACCUACACCCUGGACAAAGCCUCCUUCUUGUGGUCCGGCAAGGUGUUCCUCACGCUGCCCAAGACCUGCGGUUCUGCCCCGAGCGCCCGCCCAGCAGCCCUGAGCCUGAAGGCCGCGCCCGGGGCAGCGCCGGGCGGCGGACGCGUGACAGCGGGGGCCGUGGUGUCCUCCGGCUGGGUGACGCCCAGCUUGUGGUCGGGCGGGCUCCCUGUAUCCAUCCCGGCCGCCGCCAUCCGCAGCGUGCGCCCGCUCAGCUGGCGGGGAACGUUGUCCCGGGGCUACGGCAGCACCGUGUACGUGAAGGGCAGCUACUCGGCCCCGCAGUACCACCACGACGUGGGCACCUUCACCGUCGACUGGCUCACCGGAGACUUCUCCUUCACGGCGCGCAUGCUGUGGGACACCGGGGCCGUGCUCGACAGCGCGCUCAACGGCGUCGCCAAUUACACUACCUCCAUCUUCCUGCAGAACUCGGAUUCGCUGCGCGCCCUGGAGGGCGUCCAGGACAACGUCCCGGCCGUGUGGGACCGCAUGAUGGACAAGGCCGUAGGCGGCGUGGCGGCCGACGGAAAGAAGGUGCCCAUCGUGCUCCAGGGAGAGUUUUCGGCGGACGGUGCAACUUUCCUGUGGUCUGGUGGAGUCCUGAUCGGCCUGCCGGUUGGGGCUUGAGUAUAUCUAAAAUGUUCCCAGAACUCUUUAUAGUGUGUUUUUGUUUACUUUUUUUAAAAAUUUCCUUUGGCGGAAAUCGAUUAAAAUUUUGAUCAAAUUGUGUUGCAAUGCUGUCACAAAUGUAUUGCAGAAUUCUUCUGGCAACGUCUCUCGAUGUAGCAGAUUUCACCGGUAAAUUUCAGUGACAUCACAAGUCAUAUAUUUACUUAAAAAGAAAGCGGAUAAAUAAUGUGAUAUUAAGUAUUGACUUAUCAUGUCUACAGUAUAGCUGCAGCAUAUUAUCCUACUGAUACUAUUGUGCCAUAAUAAAAAGUCAGUUAUAAUGGAGGUCGAUGUCUCUGUUAAGUGGAAGCUGAUAUGUGAUUUGUAGGUAUCAAAUAACUCUUACUAAACUCUCUUACACCAGAAAUAAUUUAUUCCAGUGAUAGAUAGCAAUUCUUAUAGAAUAAACUAUUUUCUGUACCAAAUGGGGCCUUAGAUUUGUUAAGAAUACUGUUUCAUUCCUGCCAGUGAGGCGCUGGAGCGUGAGCAAAUGAUGGCGUCUCAUUUAAAUUAGAUAUAAUAGUAGUUGUUGUAAUUUGAGGACAUUGGAGCAGGACUUAUUAUGUUUGUUUUCUGCAGUUAUCCGUCUCCAGACUUUUCCCCGUCGGGUGUGUUUUUCGCAACUUCCACACGUUCAAUAACUAAAAGAUCAAAUGUAUUAUUUCGCUUUUGUGUUGAAAGCAGCGUGGUCUUUUGAUUGCUUAAUAAACUACGUUUCACCCA